AUGAGGCACAUGCUGGUUUACAAGGCCAUGAAACAACCCAUCGCCAUUAUAAUCGGGAAGAAAGGUGUCGACAAGGGGUUGCUGAACUCCCUCAAGCUGCACUUUCGCACCCAUGAGGUCCUCAAGAUCAAAGUAUCAAAGAUGUGGAAGGACAUCGUUGCCGACAUGGCGGCGGAGGUGGAGCUCAAGUCCGGUGGCGUGAUCCUUGAGAGGCACGGCUCAAGGUUCAUCUUGUUCAGGGGGUACACGCACGCGGACAUACCCCGCAAAACGCCACCCAGUGACGCCCUGCAAAACAGCUGGUGGCAGUCUUGA